CACCUCGCUGCUCGUAAAGGAUCGGAUGGAAUCAUUUCUAUGCUGCUUGACCGCGGAGCGUACAUCAACGCCAAGGAUAAGAGAGGUCGCACUGCGCUCCAUGUCACGACUGAGGAAGACUAAUAAGAGACGAUCGUGGUAUUACUUAGUCGUGGUGCCAUCAUUGACGCCAAGGAUGACGACGGUUCGCCGCAGCUUCACCUCGUCGUCCGGAAUCAGCAGGAUGGAGUGAUGUUGCUGCUGUUUGACCACGGUGCGGACAUACAGGCCCAGGAUACCAGAGGCCGGACUGCGCUGCAUAGUGCGGCCCAGUGCGGAUGGUAUCAGAUGGCGCUGAUAUUACUCGACCAUGGCGCUGACAUCCAGGCCGAGGACGCGACCGGUUCACCGCCGCUUCACAUGGCUGCCCAAUGUGGGUGGGAUAGGGUAAUGUCGUUGAUGCUGGAUCGCGGUGCGGAUGUGCGUGCCACAUAUAAGGACGGCCAGACGGCGCGGCAAUUCGCCAAAUUCAACCGGCACGAGCUUGCGCCGCUAGUACAUCUCCGUGGUGGAGUGAGGUCAGCCAAUGUGAGGUACCCGUCGCCACUACUACAGUCGUCACUGCUCCGACUGUCACUAGUACGGAGGAGCGACGGCGGGAAAGGAAUUAGCGAUGUUGAGCGGGCGAGGAGGAGCGACAGAUCUCUUGGACUUGUUGUUGUCUGGGGAGUGGGCGGAAGUCUUGAAUUGUGACGAUAGAAGAGAGAGUGUGUGAGUGAGAAGGCAUGAGUGAGAGUUGCAACUGGAGUCUUCUUGUAUUGACUGACUGACUGAAGAGAAGAGAAAGAAAAACACGAGAGAAAUUCCAAU